AUGAAUAAGCAAGUGUGUGAAAAGUUCGAUAAUUUAUGGUAUAAAUUUCCUGAUAAAUUGACCAGUGAUAAUAAGUAUGAUUUUAAAAAAGAAAAUUUCUUAGAUAGUUAUUGUUUUAAAGAUCAAUGUAGUAGUGAUUUCGGAAAAAUUAAUGCUGGAUUUUAUUAUUUGCUUAAUCAAUUCUGUGGGGUUUCUGGUUUGUUUAAAUCUUGUGAAACAAGUAACAUCAAUGUUGUUGAAUACAUUAUGAUAUGGUUAUGUUAUAUGUUAAACCUAAAGAGUACUGAAGAUGACAACAUCACCAAUCUAAAUAGUUUUUAUAAAAUAAAUAUAGAAAAUCACGAAAAGUAUAAUAGUUUCAUUAAGCUUAUAAAUAAAAAAAAAGAAUUGAUGAAAAUUUCUAAAGAUAAAGUGUCUAAACUUUAUAAUUUAUUUAAAAUUUUAUGUGAAAUGUAUACUAAAGUUGAUGAAGACAAUAAAAAUUGCAAUAACUAUUUGAAAGAUGAUAAUAAAUUUUUUGUUGAAUAUCAAAAACUCCUUAAUGAUAGUGAUACUGGUAAUGGAAAUAGUUCCUAUAAUCAACUAUUGUCUACUUUAUCAACUGAUUAUGAUAAAUUAAAAAAUGAAUGUAAACAGAUUUUGUCCUCUCAACCGAAAGAAACAGAACAAAUUAUUGUACAAAGUUCUGUAGAUACAUCAUCAAGUUCGUCGAUAGGAAACAAAUUAAUUUCAGUUUUAUCGAUAUUUGGUGCAAUAGGAUUUCUUUUGGGAAUUUCUUAUAAGUAUUCAUUAUUUGGAUUUCGGAAGCGAUUUAAAAAACAACAAAUAAAAGAAAAAAUAAAAAAUAUAAAGAAGAAAAUGAAUCAAUAA